AUGAAAUUAGUUAGAUUUUUAAUGAAUAUACCACAAUCAACUAAUCAACCAGUAACUGUCGAAUUGAAAAAUGGUAAUAUUAUAAAUGGUCAUAUAACUUCUUGUAAUCCUCAAAUGAAUUUAAAUUUAAAAAAAGUUAAAUUACAACAACCACUACAAGAUCCAAUUCAAUUACAAUAUAUAAAUAUUAGAGGUAAUCAAGUUAGACAAAUUAUUUUACCUGAUGAAUUAGAUAUAGAUGGUAUAUUAGCUAAAUCGGAUAGAAAAUUGAAAGGUCAAGGGGCUGGUCCUAGGGUUGAAAAGAAAAGAAGGAGGUAA